AGUUAUUUGAGCUAACUUUAGCCUUUAGCAAUGAAAUCGUUCGUAAUUUUCGUGUUGAUCAUUGUGAUCACUGGCCAAAUAAAUGCAACACCCAGUCUUGACGACUUCAAAAAAGUGCAAAAGGACUGUCAAAAGAAAACCGGCGUUUCGGACGAGUCUAUCAACAAAGUAAACAAUUUGGAACCUGUUUGUGACGAUCUUCUGCUCCAAGAAAACGCAUUAUGUAUUCUUAAAACUUACGAAGUUAUGGAUGAAGAGGGAAAGAUUUGCCCUGACAAACUAAUGGAAGUACUUGAACCCAAAUUUGGUAAAGAGAAGGCAGAAAAAUUAAUAGAAAAAUGCACCUUGGAGAAAGAUACGCCUCAGCUGUUGGCACAUGCAACCUUGUUUUGUCUUUCAGUCCAGAAAUAUGUAGUUUAA